AUGUCCAUCGUCAGAUGGUCAUUAGGUGUCGAGUUGCUACGUGAGACCACCAAAGUCUCCCAACUACCCGACAACGAAUUAAGAAGUAACAAUGCUUGCACCUCAUCAUCAAUGCAUGUUAUCGUUCUCGGCACCAAAAAUCAUCUCCGAGCUAUUGGAUCCCCUGCCAAAAUCCCUCAAUAUUUUGGACCAUUAGUUUCUGUCAAGCAUCGGAAGCUCCUCCUUCAAUCAGGAGGCAGAGAGCAGCGAUAUAAACGAUGGAAGCCAUCAGGGAUGGAAUUUUUUGCCUCGAUUCGCCGGGUAUGGAUCUAUGGUGGCGGUCGUAGGAGGUGCUCAAAUGAAAAUUUUCUACGGCAGGUAGAGAUCGUGUUCAACGAUUUUCAGGCGGAGAAGGCCAACGAUUUCCUACUGUCUACCUCAACCGCCGAGAGCUCCGACUUACAGCCGACCUUGAUGUGCUCCUGGAGGAACUUCUCGAGUGAGCCAAUCAAGAAUAUGGGUUUUGGGGUUUUAGAGUAG